AUGCGAUUGUUUGCUUUGGCUAUUGCUUUGGCAACAAGCAUCUACAGUGUACAGGCACAAAGUCCAGGAGACGAUGGCUUUCGCCAGAGGUGGUUUUUGAAUGUCACUGUCGGUGGUGUAUUCGAUGAAAUUCCUCAGUGCGCGAAAGCAUGCACGCUCGGGUAUCUUGAAGCGACUGGAUGCGAUCCUCUUGACCCCUCGUGUUUCUGCCCAAAUCCAGAUAUUGCACAGGGCCUUGAUACAUGUCUGGCGUGGUUCUGCCCAGUCCUUGGCUAUUAUGAGGGACUUUACAUGUUCCAUUCCACAUGCAAUUCUCCGAUCCGAAACCAGUCAGCCCCACUAUUUAAGGAAGUGAUUGCUGUAGCUUCUAUCGCUCUUGUAGCCCUGAUACUACGAUUCAUCACACGCUUACCACCUCUCUCUGUUGAGUGGGGCAUUGACGAUUGGCUUGCAGCAGCACUUGUGCCAAUUGCUGCGGCCUAUCUUGCAGUUAUCCUCUUGGCGCUCGACUCAGGCCUAGGCCAAGAUACCUGGAUGCUCAAACCUCACAAGGUUACUGACGUGGUCAAAUACUACACUUUCCAGGAGCUGGGCUACGUCACGCUCACAUUCAUGACCAAAAUCACCGUUCUAGCCUUUUACCUCCGAGUCUUCCCAAUAGGCCGAGUCCACCAACUAUCCUACCUCUUCAUCGGAAUAUGCACAUGCCUAUUGAUUUCCAUAUUCCUCGCCCAUCUCCUCCAAUGCCUCCCAAUCUCUUUCGUCUGGCAACAGUGGCAAGGCACUCUGAUAUCCCAGCCCGAAAACCCAAUCUGCAGCGUCCAACGCAACAACCUCAACUACGCCUUCAACAUCACAAACGUCAUCAUGGACGGUAUCAUCACAGUGCUGCCCAUCCCUAGAUUACUUCAAUUGAAAAUCACAUGGCAGAGAAAACUAGGUGUUUUAGUCGUUUUCUGCGUCGGUUUCCUUAUAACAGGUAUAUCCGUAACCAGAAUAGCAAUCCUCCUCCAAUCCGACUUUUCCUACAACAGAUCCUGGUCCAACGUCCCCGUCGUAAAAUGGUCCGCCAUCGAAGCCUUCCUCAGCAUCGCCAUAACAUGUUUCCCGCAAAUUCACUACCUUGCCAAGCGCAUCAUUGGUAUCUGGUAUAACCCAGAUGAUGCAGCUCAGCAACAAGGCAGCAAGCAGACGUUUGGAUCGUCGUCGAAUGCCGGAAAUUCGUACAGGGGGAAGGGGUUGGCGGCAUAUGAGAAUAUCGAGAUUGGGGAGAGGUAA